GGGCGACGUGUUAUUUUCUAUGGCGAUUAGUGUCAGUGUCAGUACUGUAAAUAUGCCAAUCAGCUGUUGUCACCUGUCAUUGAAAUUUUACUAAACAUUUUUGAAAAAUGUUGUAAAUAAUAAUAAUAUAAUGAUAAAUAUGACAUGAUCAAGACAUGACAUAAUGCAAUUGCCUCUCAGAAGUUGUGUCUAUAUUGCAAAUCGUGGACUUCGUACGUUUUUCAAAACAUCAGCUAGUAAGAAGAAGGAAUACCUUGCGAGAAAAUUGAUAGGUUUUUCCAAUGAUGAGAUGUACCGAGUCGUAGCAGAUGUAAAACGAUACAAACAGUUUUUACCUUUCUGUACAAAGUCUACAAUAUUGAAAAGGUCACCCACUGAACUACAUGCCAAUUUGGAGAUAGGAUUUCCUCCUAUUGUAGAGAAUUACACUUCUACAGUAUUACUAGAUAGACCCAACAUUGUUCAGGCAAUAUGUAGAGAUGGAAGGUUAUUCAAUUAUUUGGAAACUACAUGGAGAUUUAGUCCUGGGUUGCAGAGUAACUCAAAAACAUGUAUAAUAGAUUUUUAUAUCAGAUUUGAGUUUAAAUCUGCUCUAUAUUCAAGUGUGGCCUCCAUUUUCUUUGAUAGACUUGUUAAAGAAAUGGAGAGUGCAUUUAUUAAGGAGGCUAGCAGGAGAUAUGGGGAAGCUUCAAUAUCUGUUCAUGAAUUAAGUCCAGUCAAAAGUUGACAUUGUUAGAAUAGUUGAAAAACAUAUUUUCCACCCAGGCUGAAGAUGAAAAUGCUGGUAGGUAUACUUGAAUAUAUUUUAUUCAUUAUCAUUGGAGUUUCUCAGAAUUUAAGAAGGUAAUUUGAAAUUGUGAUAAUGUGCUGUUUGUUUUAAUAAAGUAACUUAUUUUUUGUUACAUAUUCUAGUUCAUUCAAAAAGCAUGUCAUUUAAUAUCUAUGUUCUAUUUUAUGUAUUUAUACCAUAUUUAGAUUUCAUCUUGUCAAUUUCUUCUUGUUUCUUAUCAAUAUCUGUCUUCUUGAAAGCCUUAUUUGCCUGAUAAUACAAAACUACAAGAUAUCUGUUGCAAACAUUGAAGCCAGAUAAGUGGUCACAGGCAUUUUUUGCAUCAAAUAUGUCCUCAAACACAACAAAAGCUGUCCCUCUAGUUUCUGGAGUGUUUCCUACUCGAAUUUGUCUGAUUGCUCCAUAUUUACCAAAUAUAUCAUACAUUUCUUCUCCUGUGAUCUUGUAGGGAAGAUUUCUUACAUAAAGUAUUCGAUUUAUCUCUGGGGGCAAACGUACCUAGAAUCAUUAGGUUCUAAAAAAAAUACAUAUAAUAAUGCCUAAUACUUACAUUUGCUUUUCUCUGCAUAGCAAGAGCCAUUUUGGUGAAAUGUUAUAUUUUCUUUUGAUGAAAGAUUAAUUCAAAACAUAGAUAGAACGCCACAAAUUAAUGAUAUCCUGAAAUACUUAUUUGAAAUUGAAAUAUAAACAAUAUUUUUCUUUUAUUUCCACAAUUCUACAGCACCGACAGUUCGGUGACGGUCU